GUCUAUCAAUACAAAACAGCGGGUGUGCCUCAAAGCGUCUGUGUAACUCAGAGUGAUCUUAUCAGUACGUACGGAUAAAAUGGUGUCUUCGUGGUAUAUGGACAAUGACACGAGCGUUGAUCAGCGCGAACCACAUCAGCAGAAUCCGCCGCGGCCCGUGAGUCUCGAACAUCUGGCCAAUCUAGGUGUGUUGUACUUUAAAAUUGAUACAGACAACUAUGCCACUGAUGAGACACUGAGAAAAGUACGUGAAGAGAGAGGGUACACUUAUGAAGAUCUAAUCACAAUCUCGAGGGAGAAACUGCCAAACUAUGAUGAGAAGUUGAAAAUUUUCUUCAUGGAACAUCUCCAUGACGAUGAAGAGAUUCGCCUGUGUGUGGAUGGCAGUGGGUACUUUGAUGUACGUGAUAGCAAGGACUGCUGGAUUCGUAUUGCGUUAGUCAAGGGGGACAUGAUUAUACUCCCAGCAGGAAUCUACCAUCGAUUCACUCUCGAUACCAAUAACUACAUUGAGGUGAGACGUUACUUUGUUGGUGAUCCUGUGUGGACCCCUGUCAACCGACCUGCAGACGAACACCGUGCCCGCACCCAGUACCUGGCAACCUUGGAAAGUGCCUGAUCUACUCUAACAUGAAAUUGAAAUCAAAUUGUUAACUGGAAAGAUCUAUAUUGGAAGUGCUGGCGUCUUCUACUGUUAUCAUUAUAGCAAUAUUUUUUGUUUGCUUUUUGGGCUAAUCAUGAGAUGAAUGUUCCAUAAAAUUACUUUUUACUUUC